GUCGCGACCACCACCAUCGUGACCACUGGCUCGAUGCUCAUCAACGACUACCACGACUGGCGCGGCGGCGUGGACACGGCAGAGACCAAGCCGGGCCGGCCGCUUGUGACGGGCGAGGUGCGGCCAGAGACGGUCAAGCUUGUCCUCAAGUGGGGGUACGCGCUCCACCUGACGCUGCUCUGCCUCGUCGAGCCCGCCGCCCUCCGCCUGCUCGUGCUCGCAAACACGCUGCUCACCUACCUCUACUCGGUGCACCUCAAGCCCGUCACUGGCGUGAAGAAUGCAGUUUGCGCCGGCAUCAUCUCGAUGGCGCUCGGGCUCGGCGCCGUCGCGCGCGCCGCGGGCGACGGCCUGCACCCGCUCCGCGCCGUCUGGCGCCCGCUCGCCGCCGUGGCGGGCCUCAUCUGGCACCGCGAGGUCCUGAUGGACAUCGAGGAUGUGGAGGGCGACGCGGCGGCGGGAGUGCGCACGCUCCCCGUCGCCCUCGGCGUGGGCGCGGCGGCGAGGCUCGCGCUCGCCCCACUACUCGCCGCCGCCGCCGCCGCCGCUUCUGCCGGCGGAGCUCGAGGCGCCCUCGCCUCGAGCUCGCUGCUGCUGACCGGUGCCCUCGCGGUGCGGGCGCAGCUCGGCGGCUUUGCGCCCGCGCUCCUCACCCAGGCCAUCGAGCUGUCGCCCUUCCUGCUGCUGGUCGCGCUGUCCGCGCUGACGUCCGCAUGAGCCGGAGUCUAGAGAGCGCGCGGCGUCCUACAAAUGUUUUUUUAUCGUGUGGAGCAUGAUAGUUGAUUAUUGAUGAAGUG